GGACAGUGCGUGACCAAACCAGAGCACAUCUUUAAGUGGGAGCUUAGAUUCGGGCCAUGGACCACAGCAGAAGCCUCAACUCGAUACCUCCCAGGUCUGCUUCAUACUGGCUCAUCCUGGAAUUCUCUUUUGUGGAUGUUGUGAAUCCCAGGUUUGAAUCCUAGUCUUGCAUGAACAGAGACCCCUGACUGUUAAAGGAGAUGGAACUGUGCCUCUGUCCCUGUCACAGGUGACAUCAUCGUAGGAGAUCUUUCUGGGAUUUCAUCUAAAGCACUGUGGGUCAUCUAAUGCUGCUUCUGCUUCCCAAUGACAUGCUGCUCCCUUGAGAACCAUAGUGAGGACGCUGGGUGUCCUGGAACCCGGAAAUGGUGCUGGUGUCAUUUGAGGACGUAGCCGUGGACUUCACCUGGGAGGAGUGGCAGGGCCUGGAUGCUGCCCAGAGGACCCUCUACAAGGACGUGAUGCUGGAGAACUACAGCAGCCUGGUGUCCCUGGGGCACUGCAUGACCAAACCUGAGUUGAUCUUCAACUUAGAGCAUGGGCUUGGGCCGUGGAACACAGCAGAUGCCUCAGUCUGGAACCUCUCAGGUGUCAACAAAAUGAGUAGCCUGGUUGAGACCAGCCGGAAAAAUGGAGACAGACAUUUCUGGCAAAUUGAAAUCAACAGCAAUACAUCAAAUGAAGAACUUGUUGAAGCAGAACUAAAGAUCCAUGAAGAAAUCCACCGAGGGACAAAAUCCUAUGAAUGCGAAGUAUGUUUGGAAGCCUUUUACCUGAAGCCACACUAUAGCAAAAAUCAGAGCUAUCACACAUGCGAGAAUCCAUAUGACUGUAAGGAGUGUAGACAAGCUUUCUAUUCUAAGUCUACCUUCAGUCGAUAUCAGCGGCUCGAGAGAGGGGAGAAACCCCACGCAUGUCUAGAGUGUGGGAAGACCUUCUAUUGCAAGUCACACCUCACUGUGCAUCAGAGGACUCACACAGGCGAGAAGCCCUACGACUGUAAAGAGUGCAGGAAAGCUUUCUACAGCAAGUCACAGCUCAAUGUCCACCUGAGAAUUCAUACAGGGGAGAAGCCUUAUGAAUGUAAAGACUGUAGAAAAGCCUUCUACCGAAAUUCUGACCUCACUGUGCAUCAGAGGACUCACACAGGCGAGAAGCCCUAUGAAUGUAAAGUAUGCAAUAAAGCUUUCUACUGCAAUUCACAGCUCACUGUCCAUCACAGGACUCACACAGGCGAGAAGCCCUACGAAUGUCAGGUAUGCAAUAAAGCUUUCUACUGCAAGUCACAACUCGCUGUCCAUCAUAGGACUCACACAGGCGAGAAGCCGUAUGAAUGUAAAGAAUGCAGGAAGGCAUUCCAGUGCAGGUCAGACCUCACUCGACAUCGGAGAACUCAUACUGGUGAGAGACCGUAUGAAUGUAACGAGUGCAGAAAAGCUUUCUAUCGCAAGUCAGACCUCACUGUGCAUCAGAGGACUCAUACAGGUGAGAAGCCCUAUGAAUGUAAAGAAUGCAGGAAAGCUUUCUACUGUAACUCACAACUCACUGUACAUCAAAGACAUCACACAGGUGAGAAGCCUUAUGAAUGUAAAGACUGUGGGAAAGCCUUUCAGUGCAAGUAUGAACUCACUCGACAUCAGAGAACACACACAGGUGAGAAACCUUACGUAUGUCUAGAAUGCAAGAAAGCUUUCUAUACCAAGUCAGAUCUCACUCGGCAUCUGAAAACACAUGCAGGUGGCAAACCCUGAAUAUAAACAGUACAGAAAAGCUUGACACAAUAGGUCAGGCCCUAACUGGCAUCAGAGAACACACAUAAAAUCUUUUUAUCAUAAAAUUAGACCUUACUUAAUAUCAGUGAAUUCAUACAGAUGCAAAAAACCCAUGAAAAUAAAGUGAGAAAGCUCCCUGCUUUAGCUCAUUUCCAUGUACAGACCAGUAAAUUUAGGGAAUGUGAGAAGACUUCAUGUGGUUAAAUCCCAUGUGACAUCAUGUAGUAUGUACAGGUGAAUGGCCUUUUGAAUAUAAAGAAUGCUAGAACACUUUUUUAAACCAUAAAGUGCAUCCAGUGGGCAGGAGAGCUCCUACAGGUAGACUUUAUCAAUAUGUAUAACACAGAAAACUUGAUACCUAAGUCAGAC